CGAAGGUCGCAUUCUUGUCGUGAAUCGUUCACAAGGAAGUCAAGAAAUUUGGAUGAUUUUCACUAGUUUAGCCAACACUCUGAAUAUACCUCCCUACAUCUAGUGCCUUCUUGAGAUAUUCUUUCUAAAAAUCGCGUUCAAUAUCUAUUGAUCGCGUUUAAGAGAGAAUCAAAAGAAAAGUGUUGAACUGCUUGGAAUAUUUUGCAUUGAAAGUGCGUCUAUGCGUGGGAGGCAUAUAUAUAUAUGUAGAUCUAGAAAGACCGAUCUACGAGCCACUUCAAUAUGAAGAACAAUUUUUGAUAAUUCAGAACGACCUCAAAAUCAAGGAUGUUUCACAAUAUUUUGGAUCAAGGCACAAAAUAAGACAGUAAUCUUUUGUUGAGCAACUCGCCGCCGGUCAAAUGAAGAAGGCGAAGAAGACGAAAACUAACGUCAUGGCACGUCGAGGGCUUUUCCACGCUUUGUUGCGGCGCGAGAAAGGUUUUCCUUUGGCAAAUGAUCACAAGGAUGUGCUGUCUUUUGUAGAAGAUCGAACUGCUUCUUCUUGUUUCACAGAAAAGAAAUGUAGUUUAUCAGGGUCUCCACGAUCAACAUUUCUUGUUUGUUUUAGCCUCGACAAGAGUAAAAUGGCAUCAACUCAUGGUGAUCAUUCAAUUAGAAUAACAGACAGCUUUACUGGUAAAAGUAUACGUACUCUUGUGGGUCACCCAAGAACACCAUGGUGUAUAACAUUCCACCCGUCAAGCAACAGUCUCCUUGCAUCUGGGUGUCUUGCAGGCGAAGUCAGGAUUUGGGAUUUAAUGGGUGGCUGUGAAGUGUAUGUACCACCAGACAGAGCUGCGAUAGCAUCAGUAGCUUUCCAUCCAACAGACAAUGUGUUGCUAAUAGCAACUAGUAAUAAGUUGUAUUUUUGGAAAUGGGAUCAGCCGCAACCUUUUGCUAGUUUACAGACAAACAACAUGGAAGAGAAAGUCAGGUUGGUCAAGUUUUCUCCUUUAGGGGAUUAUAUUUUGACAGGAAUUACAAACUGCAGCCAAAUGGAUGCUAAUGCCCAGGACAACAGGAAUGAGGCUUCUGUGGACCAGCUUUUACAGUCUGUUAGUUGUACACAGUUGGAUAGUGAUCAAGUGUCGCAGUACAUCAUGCAACAAACAUCGCGAGGUGAUCAAGGUGCAACAACCACAAGCCAUGAUAGACCAUCUACAUCUACAUCUACAUCAAACACACAGCCACCUAGCUCUGAUGAGACUGAUUUAUCCUCUAGAAGAAGGAGACAUCUUAGGAACUAUAGAGGUGUAUUUGCAAUAUUCCGUGCAAGAGACCGUGAAGGAGGUGACUGGAAUAUUGAUACAUCAGAGAUGGAUAAUGACCCUACUGAUGUUGGACGCUCUAACAUAGUAUUCAAUCCAGCUAAUACUACUGAAAGUAUGAGUAUUGGCCGAGUUAAUGAACCUAAUGGCUCUCCAUCAUCCUCACCAUUUUCGUCAUCAUCCUCAUCCUCAUCUUCCUCUACAUCAUCUUCUUCAACAGUCAGGCCAUCAUCACCUUCAUCUGCAUCAUCAUCAUUUAGCUCAUCAUCAUCAUCAUCAUCUACAUCAUCUACUUCAUCAUCUAGUUCAUCAUCAUCAAGUAUUGUUUAUGGAGACAGUCCACCUGCAUCAAGCAACAUGCUUUCAAGUAGGGUUUUGAAUUUUUCUAAUGAUUUACUGCAGUCAAAUACCAGUGAAUCAAGAAAUGAUGAAGUUUCCCAGAGCAUUAGUGUUUUACCAAUGGAAGCAGCUCGGAAUGAAAGUGAUUCUAGUGUAUCAAUUGAUAUGGUUGAUAGGGAUUCAGUCCAGUAUGGCUCUGCUGGGACUUCACAGAGUGACAAUAACUUUGUAUCUGGAGUUGGUUCUGUCAUUAAUGUGGGAGGAACAAGCUCAAGUUCAAGGACAAGUUAUGUCACACAUGGUUCAAAUCACAGUUCUAGUCUUUCAACUCUUUCCAAUCAAUCAGGAUCUGGUACUGCUAUAGCAACAGCAACAGCGCGCACCUUCAGACAUGUCCACACUGCUGUUGUCAUUGCUAAUGGCACUCUUGAAGGCCCUCAGAUGGCAUUAAGGACUGCAAUCAACAGAGCUAUUGCUGGGGCAUUUGCUAGUAGUGGUGAAGGUGCUGUUGCCAGUAACAUCAUCAAUACAACUCAUAGACUACAGCUAUGGGAUUUUUCAAAAUUUAAAAUGCUAGACCUGAAGGAUAGCAAAGCCAAUGUGAUUGUUCCAUGCUGUAAGAUCCACAAUGAUGCAAGCUGUGACCUAUCAGCUGAUGGAACAUUACUUGCAGCAUUUGUUCCAAGUGUUCUGGGUUUCCCUGAUGAUGGGAUGCUUGGAGUCUAUUCCUUGAAAAAAAGUUCCUUUGGACAAUGUCUCUUUACCAAGAAAUUUGGGCCAAAUGCCAUUUCUGUCAGCCUUUCACCCUUGAAUACUCAUGUUGUUGUUGGAUUAGCAGCCCGGCGUAUUCACUGGCAUUUGACAUCACAGCAGAUGAUGGCACAAGUAUUCAAACUUACACCUGAUAAAGACAGUGAAGUAACUGCUACAGAAUUGAAAACGCCAAUCCACAAUAUAGUUCUCAGUGAGGAAGACUCUUUGAGAGGAUCACACAUCAGUGUGAAUGCUGCCUUUUGGCACCCAGUCGUAGGGUGUGGCUUGGUGUACGGGACCAAUCGUGGUGACUUGAGAAUGAGACAGUUUGGUUCAGAGCCAUGAAGAUGUUACAAGUGACUCGUGAUAACCCAAUCAUGUGAUUCUAACUUUUCUAUGUAUGUAUAGUAGACAAAUUGAAAUUCUCGUUCACUAGUUUCGCCAACGAAUGUACUGGCAUCGUCUCCUAGCAACUGCUGGGGGAAGUGAACAAUUGCUCACAUUUUCUGUAAGGUGUAUAGAGAUGUUUUCCCAAGAACUUUUAAAACAAAUGGUUUAUAUUUGGUUUUGUAAUUAUAUGGAUAGCAGUCAUGUGACUGGGCGCAGGUCGUUUCCAGUCCUUGUGUUUGCGAGCUAUAUUUAUUGAACACAAGUAAGGCGAUGAGUAUAUCGACUCUUACUCUGGAAAUAUUUGAUGUAAAAUUGUUUUUAAAACCAAUAAAGUAACCAGUUUAUUUAUAUUUAAUAAA